CUUUUGGCCGAGACUACACCAGCCAAGACGAGAACAAGACAAGCCGAUCACAGUAAAAUCAAGUCAAAGAUUUCACUCACAAUGGCCGGCUCAAUCACCAAACCCAAGAAGCCCAAGUCUAAGCGAACUCCCGUUCGUCUUCGCCACAAGAUCGAAAAGGCUUCGGCCGCAAAGCAAAAGAAGGAGCGCAAGUUGGCAAAGAAGAACCCAGAAUGGCGAUCAAAGUUAAAGAAGGACCCCGGUAUCCCCAACCUGUUCCCCUACAAAGAGAAGCUGCUCCAGGAGAUUGAAGAGAACCGUCUAAAGAAGGCCGAGGAGGCGCAAAGAAGAAAGGAGCUGGCCAAGGCUGCAAAGACGGGCUCCAAGGACGAGGCGGUCACCGCCGACGUCCAGGUCGACGUCGGCGACGAGAUGGACGAGGACGGUAUGGACGAGGAUAUCGACGAGUCAAACCCUAUGGCUGCGCUCAUCGCGAGCGCCCGCGCUGCUGCUGCUACCUAUGAUCGACAACUCGCUGACGACGACGACAUGGACGAGGACGACGAUAGCGACGACUCCGACAACGACCGUGGCCCUGAGAUGUCCAUUGGCCAGGCCUCGUCGAGAAAGACCUACGACAGAGUCUUCAAGCAAGUCGUUGAGCAGGCCGAUGUUGUUCUUUAUGUCCUUGACGCUCGCGAUCCCGAGGGCACCCGCUCUCGCGAGGUUGAGCGCCAGAUCAUGGCUGCCGCAGCUGGCGGCAAGCGACUGAUCCUGGUCAUCAACAAGGUCGAUCUCAUCCCUCCCAAAGUUCUACGGGACUGGCUUAUCUACCUGCGACGAUACUUCCCUACUCUGCCUCUCCGAGCCUCUGGCGCUGCUCCCAACGCCCACACCUUCAACCAUCGCGAUCUGACCGUCCAGAGCACCUCCGCCACGCUCUUCAAAGCCCUCAAGAGCUUUGCCGCCAGCCGGCAACUCAAGCGCGCCGUCUCUGUUGGUGUCAUCGGUUAUCCCAACGUUGGCAAGAGCUCUGUUAUCAACGCUCUUCUCUCAAGGAUGAGCGGCAAGGGUGGCAGCUCCUCCAAGGCUUGCCCUGCUGGUGCCGAGGCUGGUGUCACCACAAGUAUUCGCUCGGUCAAGAUCGACAGCAAGCUCACUCUUCUCGACUCCCCCGGUGUUGUCUUCCCCUCAUCGUCUUCCACCCAAUCUGCUGGUCUUGUUUCUCUCAAGAACGCCACCGAGGCACAUGCUCACUUGGUUCUCCUCAACGCUGUGCCCCCCAAGCAGAUCGACGAUCCUAUGCCCGCCGUGACUCUUCUCUUGAAGCGUCUCUCAGCCUCUCCCGAUCUCAUGCAGAAGCUCACAAGCGUUUACGAUAUUCCUGCCCUCCUCCCUGAUCGUACCGAUGGUGACAUCACCACCGACUUCCUCGUUCAAGUCGCCCGCAAGAGAGGCCGUCUUGGUCGUGGUGGUAUUCCUAACCUCUCUGCUGCUGCUAUGACAGUCGUCACUGACUGGCGAGACGGCCGCAUCCAGGGUUGGGUUGAGCCUCCUGUUCUAGCUGUCGAGUCGACAACCACCGCCUCCAAGCCGGCCAUCAAGAACGCCGGUGAGGACGAGGUAGCUGCCGACCAGAAGCAGAUCGUGACCGAAUGGGCUGCCGAGUUCAAGCUCGAAGGCCUAUGGGGUGACGACGAGGGCAGUGCCGAAGCCGCCGAUGCUAUGGAGCAGUAAAGAAAAAGUGUUUCAGCGGUUUUGUUCGGCAAAAUGACGGAAGGGUUUAACAUGAGUUCUUCACUGGAAAGUUUGGCGUUUCAUGGAUCUGGUAGACCGGUUUAUAUCCGCGCAUAUACAUUCGUAAAAAAAACAACAAUUUGUCUCCCCAAAACUCCUACAUGGUUUACCAAGUGACUCGUAG